UACCCGAGUUAAUUUUCUCAAGUAAGACCCUAACUAAUUUAAAACAUGUCCUCUGGGCGACUAAAAACAUUUCACUCCUUUUUUUUUGUUUUUGUUUUUUUUACAAUCAUCCAAGCCAGAGGUGGCAGUAUUGAACUUUACUUAGUUGGGCGUUUGUACUUCGUAGGCGUGGACGAAAUGUGUCGACAUCACCCGACCCGGCGUGAACGAUUGCCCCUAAGGUAGAUGGUACUUCGACUUGGCAGCUGGCAUUGGGGAUUUUAAUUUCUAGAGGAACAGAUAUCUGUAUAUCUCAUCAGCUAUCGGUGCAACCAUGGAUCUUUACGAAUAUGUCACUCAGGAGCAGCUUGCGGGAUUCGAUAAAUACAAGUACAGCGCAGUGGACUCCAAUCCCUUGUCAAUCUAUAUCAUGCACCCUUUCUGGAAUUUUGUGGUGAAGUUUCUACCAACAUGGUUGGCUCCAAACCUCAUUACAUUCACAGGCUUUAUGUUGCUUGUGUUCAACUUUCUUAUGUUGGCCUUCUUUGACUUUGACUUCACAGCUUCUGCUGCAAUGCAGGAACACGUGCCUAGUUGGGUCUGGGUUGCUGCAGGGAUCUUCAACUUCUUGGCCUAUACACUUGAUGGUGUUGAUGGUAAACAGGCACGACGCACCAACUCCUCGACGCCACUGGGGGAGCUUUUUGACCAUGGCCUGGACAGCUGGGCCUGCCUCUUCUUUGUGGCCACCGUGUACUCCAUAUUUGGGCGUGGGGAGAGUGGCGUGGACGUGGCCACCUUGUAUUACAUCCUGUGGGUGGUGCUGUUCUCCUUCAUCCUGUCUCACUGGGAGAAAUAUAACACUGGGAUCUUGUUUCUGCCCUGGGGAUAUGACAUCAGCCAAGUGACCGUCUCCGUUGUUUUCUUGGUCACUGCUGUGGUUGGUGUGGAAACUUGGUACCAGCCAAUCGUGUGGCACGUCCUCUAUAAAGACCUUUUCACUUUUCUGAUCAUCGUCUGUUCCUUCACUAUAACGUUACCCAUGAGCCUCUACAACAUCCUGAAGGCCCAUCGCAGUAACACUCUGAAGCAUAGCAGCUUGUAUGAAGCUUUCCUGCCCUUCCUCUCUCCCGUCCUCCUCUUCAUCUUGUCCACCAUUUGGGUGGUGUAUUCUCCAUCCAACAUCCUCGAGCUGCAACCCCGGAUCUUCUACAUCAUGGUGGGGACAGCGUUCGCCAAUGUCACAUGUAAGCUGAUUGUGUGUCAGAUGAGUAACACCCGCUGCCAAGCACUAAACUGCCUCCUACUGCCCAUGUCAGCGGUGGUGUUGUUAGCUGUCACCCGGGUGGUCACCAAUGAAACACUGCUGCUUUAUCUAUGGACAGCUGUUGUCAUACUAGCACACAUACACUUUGGCAUAUCAGUGGUACAACAGCUCAGCAGCCACUUCAAAAUCUUUGCCUUCUCUCUGAAGAAGCCCAGCAGUGACUGACAGGAGGAGGAACAAAUUGGCUUGAAAGGAGCUGAGGUUUAGGCUCCUCCCCUCUUCUAGCGACACUUCAUUCUCAUCGCCGUGGAAACCACAUCCCCUCCCCUCCAUCCAUGAGGACACUGCAGGUGGAACAGACCACGGCUCUAUUUUCCACUGUUUCAGAAACACACACCUACACACACACACACACACACACUUUCUAAGCCAACUAAGCAAACUCCAGGCUCGGCGAUGAGGCUGGCCCAGGGGCUCUGGCUUCUGUUAGUGGUGAUUGGCUAACUUAGUUGAGCCAAUGAAGUGCACUUGUUUCCUACGGAAAUGCGCUGUCUUGAGUACAGGAGCCCAACAGAGCCACACACACACACACACACACACACAUUUUGCUUUCAUGCAACUAAUUUAUAUCUUGUGGCAAGUAUUUAACAGUACAAACACAGCUACACACACAAACACCUGCACUCACAUAGUAUUUUGAAUGUAUAAUAUGCCUUGGGGAAGCACAAUUUCAGUUUUAGUAUAUUAACAGGAAUGAGUAGUGUUGUUUCAAACUUGGCCAGACCUCUGGAUUCUGGCCACAUGUGGCUCACACAUCCACAGCUGUGUCCACAGUUUGAAGGUUUACUCACCUAUUUAACAUUUGUUGAUUUUGAGCUGGAAACCUCUGAUAUGUGUUAAUAGUUAUAUAUAUAUAGACACACUGUAUGCGUUAAGGGGUUUGGGGCAUUUUUUUGGCUGAAAUUAAUUACUGCAAAUGAAAACUGAUGAUUACAGUUGUAAAACAUUGAUUGGAUUUGCCUCUGAUUAAUUCCACAUUAAUCAGAGCGAAAUUCAGUCUGUAGCGACAGCUGUCAUUAGUAAACAGAGUUGGAUGUCGACUGUCUGGGGUAUGAACUGACCACUGUAACCUCUGACUUUUUGAACGCCACUAAUCUUCCACCUCGGUGUCUAAGCACUGGCCUCUCCCGGCUCUCCCUACCUUCUGAGGUGUCGUGUCUUCAUGCCAGUUUGUUCAUUUAGGUUUUUUUUCCCAUACUUUUAUGUAGUGUUAUUUGGUUUGUUGCAGCGGUGUGUGAUGUAGUUGCUCAGCGCUUGAAUGAAGAGUGUGUCCAAAAGCCAUUAAAUGGAGCGGACUCACUCUGAGGAAACAAGCACAGGACACUGCAAACACCACAGCUUCGCCUGGUUUCACACACUCCUGCACACACAC